AUGAAGGGCCGUAUCGCGUUGAUCAUCGACCCCAAGGUGUCCGGCCCGCUCUCGCUGGUGGUCGAGUUCUCCACCCUGCAGACCUAUGGCGUGGAAAAGAUUUUUCUGCUCCAACAGUCGGUGUCGUCCCUCCAGACCGACUGCGACCACAUCGUCUACCUCACCAAGCCGUCGAUGGCGUGGAUGAAGACGAUCGCCGAGCACGUGCAGAUGUACCAAAAGCUGGAGGCCGUCACCGCCGCUGCGCCUCCUGGUCCUCCCGGGAGUGCUGCGACGCCCAACGCCCCGAAGCACUUCUCGAUCGUGUUCAUCCCGCACCGCUACGUCGUGUGCGACCGCAUCCUCGAGGAAGAGGUUAGCUCUGUUGCCCGCGGCGUGUGGGGGCUGGUGGACAUCCACGAGUUUCCGCUGCACCUGGUGCCGUUCGAAAACGACGUCCUCUCCAUGGAAGUCGAACACAGCUUCCGAGAUCUCUUCCUCGACGGGGACACGUCGCUGUUGUACUACGCGGCCAAGUCGUUGAUGAAGUUCCAGCAGAUGUUUGGGCACAUCCCCAACAUCAAGGGCCGCGGCAAGCACGCCCAGACCGUCGCCGACAUGCUCCUCCGAUUCACCCAAGAGGUCUUGCUCACCCCACCGUGGCAUCUGAUGACGCGUGUUGACGAGGCGGCGUCGAGGAAGCGAAGAGAGUUGAGGCAGGGCGGCACUCCCGAGGAACCGCAGCCGCAGUACAUCAGCGCGCUCAUCCUGCUCGACCGCACCGUGGACCCGCUCACCCCCAUGUGCACUCCGCUCACCUACGAAGGCCUGGUCGACGAGGUCUUUGGGAUCAAGAACAGCAAGAUCGACGUCGACGAAGUCAUCGUCAAUCCCGCUAAGGACAAGGACAAGCCGCCAGAGAGGGCGGCGGCCGGACCCAAGUCGGUGAAGAUCCCGCUCAACUCCUCCGACCGCCUCUUCGCCGAAAUCCGCGAUAUCAACUUCAGCGCGCUGGGACCGCUGCUGCACACCAAGGCCAAGGCCAUCGACAAGAACUACAGCGAGAGGGACAAGGCCAAGAGUCUGCAGGAGAUCAAGAAGUUCGUCGCCAAGCUGGGCGUCCUCCAGCAGGAGCACCGCUCCCUCCAAAUCCACACCAACAUUGCCGAGCGCAUAUUGCAGAUCACGAAGGAAAACGACUUCCGCAAGCGGCUCGAGUUCGAGCACCGGCUGUUGUCGGGGGUCGACAGCGGAGACACGCGGUAUCUGGAGGACUGCAUAUCGCGUGCGGAGCCCAUCGGGAAGAUCCUGCGCCUGCUGUGCCUCCUGUCCUACACCACGGGCGGCAUCAAGCCCAAGCAAUACGACUCCUUCCGACGUGAAUUCCUCCAGACGUACGGAUACAACCACAUCGGGACGCUGAGCAAUCUGGAGCAGCUGGGUCUGAUCAAGAAGUACGACGGCUCGCCGCCGUUCGCGUCGAUCAAGAAGACGAUGCGGCUCAUCGUGACCGACGUCGACGAGAAAGAUCCGAAGGACAUCGCCUACGUUUACUCGGGGUACGCGCCGCUGAGCGUGCGUUUGAUCGAAGCCGCUGUCAAGGGCGAAUGGCAGCUCAAGGAGCUGCGCAAACUCAAAGGCAUGCAUUCCUAG